CCCAUCUCUUCCAGUGGUUUGCUCCUCUCUCCAGCUGAUCGGCCCGUCGUCCCCAGUGGCUCUGUCCGUCGUCGGCUUUGACGGGCCCUGACACCCGCUGAGACUGGAUUAAUUUUACGUGUUCACCAGCCGCUCGUGUCGGCAGAGCUACUAAUUUUCGGCUGAAACUCUUAAGAAUUACUCCGACCCGAGUAGGGACUUCUAAAGCCGGGGCUAGCUGAGAGCAAACAGGAGGCCUUCACUCCAUCCACGGAUUCACCUGCUACGCGACAGCUUGUCACGGAGGUCCGAUAUGGGGGACACCGGGAGCGAGGGUAGCAAGGGUCCAAGCAACGUCAACGUUUUACCCCCGCGCUGCCCGUGCGGGUUCUGGGGAUCGAGCAAAACUAAGAAUCUCUGCUCUAAAUGUUUCGCAGACACUGAGAAGAAACAGCCAAACGAUGAUUGUGCCCCAAAGACCUCUUCAAGCACCGGCAGCAGUCAAACGGACAUCUUCUGUACUGAAACAAACAGCAUUAGUCAGUCCCUGAUGUCAAGAUCCAACAUUUCAGAAGAACCUUCGCCAGGAGAGACUGGAGUGGCAUCUGUUCAUAUUCAGAAUGGACUAUCCAACACAGAUACUGUCUUGGCUUCACUUUCCACCCCCACAAAGCGCUCAUACGAAUCUGCCUCAGAGUCAGAAAGUGACUCUUCACCAGAGAAGCGAGCCAGGGUGGCUGAGGUCCCAGAGGGUGAGGAGUGUUCAUCGUCGUCAUCAUCAUUGUCAUCUUCGCCAUUUUCUUCUCGCAGCGGCUCUAAACAGCGGAGCCGCAAACGUUGCCAUCGCUGCCAAACUAAACUGGAGCUGGUACAGCAGGAACUGGGCUCCUGUCGCUGUGGCUUCAUCUUCUGCAUGCUCCAUCGUCUUCCUGAGCAACACGAUUGUCUCUUUGACCACCAGGGGCGCGGCCGUCAGGAGGCUGUGCUCAAGAUGGUCAAGCUGGACCGUAAAGUGGGCCGCUCGUGCCAGCGCAUCGGGGAGGAGUGUUCAUGAGCAGCAAUUCUCCCCAGAGGAGUCUGAGCACUAACAGGGAUAUGAUUUUUUUCCUUUUCUUUAAUUCUUCAGGGUUUUUGAAGUUUUUUUUUUUUUUUUUUUUUGGAUACAAACCUAAAUUUGGUCCAUUUUAAAAUUGGCUCACUUUCCAAUUCUCCCCUGCUCCUCUUGGUCUGAUCAUAUCCCUUUUGCUAAGAUGCCUGUUGCAAGUAAAAUAAAUUCGAUGAGAGGAACAUUUGAGAAAAGAAAUUAUAAUUUUUUUAAGGAGCACUUGACUACAAAUCUAUGAAUGGUGUGAAAGUAUAUAAAGGGAUGUCAAGUUGAAAUAGCUCUUAUGUUUGUGUUGGAAACCAGACUGUACUCUUUACCUCAGAAAAAAAGACAAAAAAAAAGAAUGAUCAGGAGGAGAAAAUGGAGAAAGAAUUGGUCAUACUUCUUGCACACUUUGGCUUUGGCGCUGUUUCUAGACUGCUCUUUACCUCAGAAUCCAGACCAGAGCAUCUUUGUACCCUGCGCCAAGUAUGGACUUUGUGAGGCUAGCUAGUUAGCCAGCCUCGGUUCAAGUCACGUCUAACCCACACUGACCAUCCAGCUCUUACAACCCUGACCCCUUCAGAAAGACAAACCGCUAUUAAUCACCCACCUCAGGAUCUUCGGCGCUCACCCUGCCCUCGCCCUCACACCAGCUCGCUUUAUUUUCCUUUGCUCUGCAGAAAACCAUUUAACCAUUUGUUUCCACAUUGUUUAAAUCUGAAGGUGCUUCUGAAAUAGUGGACUAAAAGAAAGAAAAGUUUCUGGACACUGACGGUCUAUAAUCAGGACCUACAGACUGUGCCGGAUGUGGACACAUGGGGACAGCAAACCCCUUGUUCUUGGAUUAUGUAGAUUUCAGUGUUGGGAAGGGGCUAUGUUUCUUUUUUUUCAAUCUGCUUAUCCUCUCCUUAUCUUUCACAUGUAAGCAUUUCUUCAAAUCCAUGCUCUUUAAUCAACAAAUAUGAGGUUUUUGUGUGCUUGUAUGCAAAAUUGAAAAAGGCUGGUUUUAAGGACAUACGAGACGAUGUGCUAAUGAGGAAUCCCUGGACCUUGACUUGCAUCCUUACAUAUUGAAGACUUUUGACUGAGGACUGAAGCUGCAUUAAGUAAGUGAUGGGUUCCUGUUUUGGACUCUUUUGUUUAACCAGGUCUUGCACAUCAUAUUUUAGCCCUUCACUGCCGGCUAGUUUCCAUGCCAGCAUUGAAGUAUUGAGUUUCUCUCCGUUAACCAGUAUAUUAAUAUUCCUCAAUACAACAUUUGAUUUUCAUUCAGCAGGAUGACCCUUCCUCCUAUUUUCCACAUCUUUCAUUAUAUCAUUUGGUUUGUUUGUUCUCUUUCCUCCUCCUUGGUUUGCUGUAACUGAGGAAACCGAACUAUGGUGAGCAAAGUGUUUGAAAUAAUUGGCUACAGUUGCCUUUGACAUCUCUUCUUGGGGGACUGUGGAAAGAAUGACAAGGAAAUAAAUGAAUUGUGUAUCUUAAAGAAAACCUUGUUUAACCUCUUUUACUUUUUGGACUUAAGCAUUUGGUUGUGAUGUGCUUAAAAAUGAGAAAAUGAAUGUUAAAGAUAAUAGAUAUAUAAAUAUAUAUAUAUAUAUGUUUCUUUUGCGUUACUUUUCUGCUUCCACUUUCCUGUUGUUUUACUGAUUUAAAAAUAAACUGGGUUAGACAAAAA